AAUGACAAUUUAACAAGAAGACUGUGGGCGCAAGAGUUUCACCACGCCCACAUGUUCCCAAUCCCACUUCGCUAAACAUAAAAAAACAGAGACACUUGCCCCCUGGUUUUCUUUUUCCCAUCUUGUUUGACAUCACAUCAUCUCUAUAUAUCUCUAUCUUCUAUACAACACUUUCACUUUCACACCAUCCAUCCAUCUACUUCUCAACACAUAUAGUAAUACUUACAGAUCUCUCUCUACUUGUGAUUUGCAUCUACUAAAUUCUAAAACGAUCUUCAAGAAACAAGAAGACAUGAGUUCAACUAGCAGAGCUUGGAUUGCGGCAGCAAGCGUAGGAGCUGUGGAGGCUUUGAAAGAUCAGGGGAUCUGUAGGUGGAACUACACCAUCAGAUCAAUUCACCACCACGCCAAGACCAAUCUCAUAUCCUUCUCUCAGGCAAAUAAUCUUUCUUCAUCGUCUUCGGCCAAGGUUGCGAGCACGGCGAUGAGGAAAGAGAGGGCCAAGAAACAGCAAUCGGAGGAGUCUCUCAGAAAAGUCAUGUACUUGAGCUGUUGGGGUCCCAACUGAUCAUCUAACCCCUACAACAAACUCAGCUCACAAAUUAUUUUGAAUUUUGAUUCAGAUCUGAAUGUAGCAAACAGAUGCUCAAAUGUAAAUAUACUUAGUUUUUGAUCUAUUGGACCUUCUUCAAUUCUU